AUGCUAAAAGGAUUUGGGGCAAAAAGCACCUGGUCUGUGCUGUUUGCAACGCUUUUACUUCUCCAAGAACUACAAAAGGAGUUCUGUGCUCGCUGCCGCCGUGCCCGGUCGGUACCGAACUUCUCCUGGUUUGAGAGUCACAGUAAUCAAAGAACGCAGUACUCACAGAAAAUAAAAAGCAGUUUUUUUGAUAUCGCUGUGUUCCAAAGCAGCUUGGGCCGAAGCCUCAGGCGGGUGCUGCUGGCUGACUGCAGAACCAGCGCCCUGAUAGCAGAGGCCUGCCCGCGUACCGCUGCUGCUCAGCUUCCCCGGGCGAACGCCGCGCCUUCAGCGCCGCUGCCCACCCCGGUCCGAGCGCGCAGCGCCGAGCGUUCCGUGCCUCACAACCCUCGCGAGCUCAUUACCGCCGGGCCGGGCAGAGCCGCCCCGCACGAGCGCCGGCAGCGGAGCGCCGCCCGGCCCGCUCUGAGGCGCCUGAAAGAACGGCGGAGCCGCCGCCGGGCGCCCCACGGCCACGGGCGGCAGGGGGGCGGUGGGGCGAGGCGGAGCCCGGCGGCCGCCCCGCCUCCAUCCUCGGGGAUGCCGGGAUGUUUACGGGCCCGGCAGGAGCGGCGGGGGGCGGAGAGGAGGUCGGGGCCGCAGCGGGUGCCCGAGCCGGCGGCCAGCAGCCCCGCUAGGCGCCUGCCGCGAGAUUGCGGUCCUGCUCCGGCUGCCGAGAAGCCGGCGGGCAGAGGAGGCGAGGCCCGCCCCGGGCGCAGGCGGAGGCCGAGGCAGGCUCCCGGUGAGCGGGGCGCUGCGGGGCCGGGGCGGGAGGCGCGGGGCGCGAGGCUCGGGGCUGUGCCCGCCCGCCUGGAGGCGCUCCCCCCGCUGCGUCGCGCGGGCGGACCGCGGGGUCCCGCCUCCCGCCGCCUCGCAUUGGUCGCUGCGGCUCGUUUUCGCGGCGCCAUUGGGCGGCGCGACUGCCGCUCCCCCCGCCUCAAGGGGAGGGAGCGGUGCGGGCCGGGGAGAGAAACUUUCUGCGAGCGGGGGCGGGAUGGCGACGGCGAGUAG